AAAUACUAUUACUAGCACUUCUGCAAAAAAGAAUGUCUUCGUCCACGAGUACAACUACUCCUUCUACUGAAGGAGGCGAACAAAGCAGUCCUCCAGCUCCUGCUGACCACGUAGAGCCCGAGCGAGCACAACAACAACAACAACAAGAACACCAACACCAACAACAACACCAACAACGACAAAUCGAGCACUACAACAAUGACGCCACUUAUUUCAGGGACUUACUCAACUCUUUACCCAUCGGUAAGUUGUAUCCAGAGUUGAUCGACAAGUCAGUGCCCAUCUUGGAGAAAUGGCGAACCGCCCUUCCUCGAUCCGCGUGGUCGAAGUUGAUGAAGAAAACACAGGGUCCACAUCCUCGUGUCGUCAAGGAACUGAAUGAAGCGGCGCCGGUGAUUCAGAGGGUAUUGGAAUUCUUGGAGAAAUACAAAGUUGCAGCAGGACAAGAAGCAGAACAAGUUGCAGCAGGACAAGAAGCAGAACAAGGAACAACUCCAAGUACAAAGUCAACUACACCCUAUUACACCAUAGUCGAUCUAGGAUGUGGUUUGGGCAUACUGAGCAUGUUUUUGUCGGAAUUAUUGAACGCUGCCUCUUCUACAACAACAUCCACGACCAGUCAAGAAAGCGCAGCGACGGUCAAAGAGUUCUACCUAGUGGACAAAAUGUGGCCUCAGACUCGUGUUGCUUCCACGAACAGCGAUGGUCUGCACAUGACCCGUGAUCACAUCGAUCUAGUGGACUGGCCGAUUCCGUUGAGGACUCUGAAGAUGGACAUCAAAAAGGGCAGAGACUUGGCAGAUUUAGUUCACUACAUCUUCGAGAAUGGGCGUAAGGAAGACAGAGGUAGUGGGAAUAGGAUUGGGAAUGUUGAUCAUGUCGAGGUGGAUGGAGUAGAAGCGGUACUAAACGGAGGAAAAAGCGAUGCUGGUACUCGCGGCAGUGCAGAGGUCAUCAAGGUGAAGAAAGAGAACAUCUUCACUAGACGUGCGCAACAAGCUCAACAAGCUCAACCUCCAAGACCUAAAAAUCAAAUUAUCCUCCUAGGCGUACAUCUUUGCGGCUCUUUAUCCCUCCGUUUUGUGGAACUAGUCAACAAAAACCCAGAAACGGUAAGAUUCGCAGCUUUGAAACCUUGUUGUUUGCCGGGAAAAAUGCAUCUCCACCAUGAAAUGCUGUACAGAGUGGGAAAUCAUGAAUUCACAGCUAGGGACAUCUACUUUCCCGAGGAAGCGAAGAAAAUGGAGCAGUUGGUUUGUGAGGAAGUAGGAGAAAAGGGUGGGAAACCCGACGGAGCUGCCGAAGUUGAACCUGUUGCUGGUGUACUUCUCGAUGACAAUGAUCUCACAGAUUCAGACGAGGAAGAAAAUGGUGGGAUGGUAAAUUGGGAUGGUGACGGUGGACUAGAUGGAGGAGCUUCGAAUAUUAAUAAGGCAAAACAGAACAACAAGCCUGCUUCGUCAGUAGGAGAAGUAGAGGAACAAGGCGCAUCAACUAGUACUGCAGCAACACCAUCUACAUCUACAUCUACAUCUUCUUCAAGUAGCGAGGACCCGACAAAUCCUAAUGGAAAACCUAGUACAUCAACUACGAGCAAACCAGAAGCAGGACAACGGGCUGGAGGUCAUACCCUGUCUGGUCGUGGCCGCAAGCGUUUCGGCGUCUGGUGUCAGAAUGUCUUUCAAUGUCUCGAUCCGAGGCUAGUCUCACCAGGAGAUGCAUCGGAUAACAAAGACAACGCAGGAGCAUCAGCAGCCACCUUCGAGACACAUAAAGUGGCACCUCACUACUUUCAAGAUAAAUUCAUUUUUGUCGAAAGGAAUAAUAGUGAGAUGUUCACUAAACGUAAACAGUCUCAGGAACAACUACAAACCUCUGCGUCCUCGCUCUUAAAUACUGGUUUAGUCUAUAACGAAGCAGAUAGAGCCUUUCGAAAUCAGAUCUUGAUUCCACGAUAUCAGCGCAAAAGAGAGCUAGCAGCUGCUGGUGGAGACGGAGCUGCUCCUCCAAGAAGGGAAAAGAUACGUGCUAAAAGGAAGGCGAACGACGCGAAAACUAGUACUGCAAAUGUUGAAGAUGUAUCAUCAAAACUUGGUGGGGCUUGAAUAAUGAGCAUCAAUAUGAUCAACGUCAACAAGGAUUUGUUUAAAUUGAGUCCACCAUCUUCUAGACGGUUAAAGCUGGAGUUGGAACUCUCAAAACCCUCAUGCUUAAGAUUGCUCACUCGCUGAACUUCCUCCCGUCCCAGUAACAACGAUGAUUUUUUCAAGUAUAUUUCUUUGUCCUAGUACAUAGAAGAAGAAGUCGUUUGCAACAUACAUCUAGCCAGCCGAAAUAUGAUC